AUGGCAACGUCGUCUCUCAUGGAAAAUUCCGAUGAUUCAUCCUUGUCUUCCGAUCUUCCAAUACCAAACGAAAUCUCUAUCAGCUGUUUUGCCUUGGUUCCAAGACGCUACUAUCCAGCACUAUCUCUUGUCUCCAAGCCCUUCUCUCGUCUCAUCUCUUCCCGUGAGCUUUGCGUCGCACGCUCACUCGAACAAGGCGCUGAAAAAGUUAUUUACGUCGCCUUGAGACUCCGCCUCGAAGAAACCCAUUGUUGGUACUCUCUCAACCAAAAGCCUUUCAAAGACGAAUCUGUUUUGGUUCCUAUACCUUCUUUCCCUCGUAUUCCUUUUUGGGGAUCUUCCGUGAUCGCUGUCGGUUACGAGAUGUACGUUUUUGGUGGAUGCGUCGAUGGAGAGCUUACCUCUAAUGCCUUCGUAGUCGACUGUCGGUUUCCGUGUCACACGUCUCGUUCUCUCCCGAGCAUGCGUGUGGCACGUGGCUGCGCGGCUACGGGUAUUAUAGACGGGAAGGUGUAUGUGAUGGGAGGGUGCGAGGCGCGUUCCGUUGAUUGGAUCGAAGUGUUCGAUCUCGAGACGAAGACUUGGGAGAGUGUUUCUGGUCCAUGGAAUGUGGAGUUGUAUGAGAGAACGAUCAAGAGUUUUGUGAUGCAUGAGAAAAAAAUACGUCAUGGAUCGAGACAAUAG